AUGAACAACGCGGUAUUUGGUAAGACCAUGGAGAACGUGCGCAAGCACAUCGACGUGGCGAUGACAUGGGAGGGUAGACACGGCGCGGAGGCGCUGAUCGCGAAACCGAAUUUUCACAGGCGCAACGUAUUCACGGAAAAUUUAAUCGCCGUCGAACUGCGUAAACUCAAAGUACAAUUCUACAAGCCGAUUUACCGGCACGGCCCACGCGUACUUAUACUUGCUCAAUGCAUCGAUGACGGUGAGUAUGUAGUGGUAGCCUCUGUUGUGGCACGAGUACGAGCGCAUUUCGACGAUAUCGGCCUGCCACAAAUCGUCGUAACCUCGAAUUACGACACGUUUUCGCGGAAAGUUUUGUCUGGCCGGAGCAUGCUCGGAUAUGAGUAG